CAUCGAUCACGUGACCAACACGAAUGCUACGUGUACGAGGUAUAGGCCAAAUCUACACCAGAAAGUACCGUAAACCAGCCGUCAGAAGUUCUCAUUUGACGUGACACGUUAGGAACGAGUGUUUACGCGUUUAUCUGUGAUCCUAUUCCUCAUUUAAAACGGCCGACGAGACCCAGAAACAAUGGGCAUUAAAUUUCUUGAGGUUAUAAAACCUUUUUGUAGCAUUCUACCUGAAAUUGCAAAACCUGAAAGAAAGAUUCAAUUCAGAGAGAAAGUACUAUGGACUGCUAUAACUCUAUUUAUUUUCCUUGUGUGUUGUCAGAUUCCAUUAUUUGGAAUAAUGAGUUCAGAUUCAGCAGAUCCUUUCUAUUGGAUUCGUGUUAUCUUGGCAUCAAACAGAGGUACUCUUAUGGAACUCGGAAUAUCGCCAAUCGUUACAUCCGGACUUAUCAUGCAACUUUUAGCAGGGGCAAAAAUUAUUGAAGUUGGAGAUAGUCCUAGAGAUAGAGCGUUGUUUAAUGGAGCUCAAAAAUUAUUUGGAAUGGUAAUUACUGUUGGUCAAGCGAUUGUUUAUGUAAUGACUGGAAUGUAUGGAGAUCCAGCUGAAAUUGGAGCGGGAGUUUGUUUGUUAAUCAUAAUCCAGUUAUUUGUAGCUGGGUUAAUUGUACUUCUUCUCGAUGAACUCCUUCAAAAAGGUUAUGGAUUAGGUUCUGGUAUUUCUCUAUUUAUCGCAACAAACAUUUGCGAAACGAUCAUUUGGAAAGCAUUCAGUCCAGCUACUGUUAACACCGGACGUGGAACUGAAUUCGAAGGAGCCGUAAUCGCUUUAUUCCAUUUAUUAACAACACGUCAGGACAAAGUUAGAGCUUUAAGAGAAGCUUUUUACCGUCAAAACUUACCUAAUUUGAUGAAUUUGUUAGCGACGGUUUUAGUAUUUGCUAUAGUAAUAUACUUCCAAGGUUUCCGUGUUGAUUUACCAAUCAAAAGUGCGAAAUAUCGCGGUCAAUAUUCGAGUUAUCCCAUCAAAUUAUUUUAUACAUCGAAUAUUCCGAUUAUUUUACAAUCGGCUUUAGUAUCAAAUUUGUAUGUUAUCUCACAAAUGUUGGCGUUAAAAUUCCAAGGAAACUUUUUGAUUAAUUUAUUGGGAGUUUGGGCUGAUGUUAGUGGAGGUGGACCGGCUAGAGCGUAUCCUAUAGGUGGUUUAUGUUACUAUUUAAGUCCACCGGAAAGCGUUGGUCACAUUCUUGAAGAUCCAGUACAUGCGGUACUUUAUAUUAUUUUCAUGUUGGGUUCGUGUGCUUUCUUUUCAAAGACGUGGAUUGAAGUUUCUGGGAGUUCAGCGAAAGAUGUUGCUAAACAGUUAAAAGAACAACAAAUGGUUAUGAGAGGACAUAGAGAUAAUUCAAUGAUUCACGAAUUGAAUCGUUAUAUCCCAACAGCCGCCGCUUUCGGUGGGUUAUGUAUUGGAGCCUUAUCGGUGAUGGCUGAUUUCUUAGGAGCUAUUGGUUCAGGAACGGGUAUUUUAUUAGCCGUAACAAUUAUUUAUCAAUAUUUUGAGAUCUUUGUUAAAGAGCAGAAUGAAAUGGGCAGUAUGGGAGCGUUACUGUUUUAAAAUUAAAUUAUUUAAUUAAGUUAAACUUUUUUUUCGUAUUGAUAAAUUCGAAAUAAUGACAUGGGAUAUAUUAAAAAAAAUGAAAAACAUAAUAAAAUAAUAUGUAAAAAGAGGGUGUUUUCCUCUCUUUGUGUGACGUGUCGUGAUUUGUGCGAAGAAAGAGGGACCGUUUUUUCUACUAAAUAAUAACUAAAAUAAGUAAAUUUAAUUAAAAAAAAAAGAGAAAGUUCAUUGUACAUUUACAUUUAUUAGUGAAAUUGUAACGUUUUCAAAUAUAAGUUAAAAACAUA